AUGCAAAUCAUGCUGAUACUAUUGUUGAGUGUGUGUCGGUUAGCGCUCGCACGUCAACGGUUCCCGUUAUGGCUUGAAUACCUAACUGGCCUGGACGACUGGCCCGGUGACUCUCCCCCGUAUGUACCGAUGCCGCAGUUGGAGCUGGAUACCGUACCGGAAGGACCAAUAUAUGGCAUGGAUGAUUGUCUCAGUGUUCCUAUCGAGGCUUGCUCGUUUUAUUGUGAUAACUGCGCUGCAAGCUCUGAUGUAACCACCUGCCCGCGGCUAUCACAAACCUUCGACGACGGGCCAACAAUGGCCACAGAUUAUCUGUUGGAUAAUUUGAAGCAGCCAACUACAUUUUUCACACUUGGGCGCCAAGUUGUAAAAUACCCCGGGAUAUUCAAACGCGCUCGCGAUGACGGUCACCUGCUUGGAACUCACACCUGGAGCCACGUUUACCUUCCCUCUCUAACCAACGAGGAGAUUGCAGCACAAUUGCAAUGGUCCAUGUUUGCUAUGAAUGUUACGGGUGGCGUUGUACCCCGGUUUUUCCGCCCUCCGUACGGAGGCAUUGACAAUAGAGUUCGGGAGAUUGCCAGCCGGUUUGGACUCAUCACAGUGCUUUGGGACAGUGAUCCUCAGGAUUGGCGUCUGAACAAUGGCUCUACUAGUAAAAAGCGGGUCUUUAACAUGGCAGUCCCUCCCAAAGGAACCAAACGGCCCCAAGGGCUGAUUCUCGAGCACGACACGACAAUGGACACCGUGCGAAUCGGCCUCGACAUCUCCCGACAAUUAAAGCGGCAAUUCACCGUCGCAGACUGUAUAGAUACGGGACGUUGGUAUUUAUCUGAACCGUAA